AUGAGUAAUGUAAGUCCAAGGAGAAUUGUUUAAACAAAGUUGGUUUGAAUCUAAAAGAGCAAUCAUAUUGGUUUACCAAAGCAGUCGUUUCCCUAACUGCAUCCAGAUUUUGUUUCUUAUCCCACAGACCAAAGUUUUAAGACAGCAACUCAGUUCCAAAGAGAAGGAAUUGAAUUCUCUUGAAAAUAAGGUAAUUCAAAGAUAUUUAACACUUAAAAUAGCUAGGUUUUUGUCUUCGGUAAAUGACCACAAUGUUUGUCAAUUUUAGAACAAAAUAAUGCAGAAUCAACUCACGUCAAAGACAAAGCAACACAAGGACUUGCAGCAAGAGGUAGGGUCAUAUCGAAUGAAGAAUUAAACAAGUUUGUGAAUCACUAGACGUGCAUUGAACAUCAAUGUCUUAAGAGUAGACUAACAUAUUCUUAUACUUCAGAUGAAGACGCUGAAGAAUAACUCAACUACACAAACAAAAAGAAUCAAAGUUUUAGAGAAAAAGGUGGGUUGUUAUGACUGUCCCUGAUUCACUCCUUCGUCGGCUGUAUUCGCAGGCUAGGUUGUCCCCAACCUGUAUCUAAUGACGAAUCUUAUCUGUACCUUGGUGUGAUUUAGAACGAAAGCCUGGAAACGGAGAUUGAGCAGAAGAACUCGGAGAAUGAUAAUUUACAAGAGGAGGUAAACCUUUCCAUCUGCAUGCAUGCAUGCUCUCCAUACUGGACAUCAUGGAUAAUGAAAUGAAUGGAUAGGACUCUAGCUGACGUAAGCAAAAACAACCUAGUUGCAAUCUGUGACGUCACGCGUAUUGCAAAGCUCUUCUCAGCAUUUUUGUUGUUUCGCUAUACAUUCCGCUUUAAAAAAGUAAAUAUUGAAGAAUCAACUGGUCUAAUUGUUUUAAAAACAUGCCUAAGCCACGACAAAGUAUUCAAGGUAAAUGUUUUUCGUCUUUGUUUUGUAUUUUUUUACACUUGUAGCUACGAAAUUGGCGUCCUCAAUUUUAACGAAAUUUGGGAUUCAUUUUUUACUGUUUAGUGCUUGAAAUAUUUGCUAAAAUUGACUGGGAAUACUUAGAGAUUUCAUCGUAGAAUGGCGUAGUUAUAUUCAUUUGCUCUUUGACUAAGAUGUUUAGCUGCAUUAUUGCUAAACAUGCCGGGUUUUUUAAAUUUGGUUUGCAACUAGGUUUCAACAUCCAACCACGCCAUCAGCCCAUUGGAAACAUUAGAUCACGUCAGCUAGUUUCCUAUCCAUUUAUUUUAUUAUCCAUGCUGGACAUAAACAUCCAAACAUCACUAAUUUGUCUGACUAUUGCAUUUAGAAUGAAAACUUAAAAGAAGAAAUGGCAAAGACGAAGAAAGAAAACGCCAAAGAAAUAAAAGACGUUUGUAUACUAGAAAUAAAUUACUUACUAUUUCAAAGCCAUUUGUUUCAAUCAUUGUGUACAGCGAGAUAAGAAGGUUUCUUUAUUAUCAAUACAGCUGAAACAGUUGCAAUCAGUCGUUGAUAAAGGUGUGGCACACAGCAAGAGUUUGGAAGAAGAAAUCAAGAAGUUGCAAGACACCACUGAAAAGGCGUUGAAAGACAAAGAUGAAGCUCAAUGCAGUUUUGAUAAAGAUCGAGCUGAAUUAUGUGCCACUUUGGAGAAUUAUAAGGUGAGAGUGGAUCUACAAUUGAUUGAGCUAUAUCUAUAGAGCUAGUAUAUGAUAAAUACACUGUGAAUUGCAAUUUAAAUACAGGCGGAAAAUGAAGUUAUUAUUGCUCAGAAGGAGAAAGACUUGGAAAAAUUCAAACAAAACAAGGAAAUAGAAAUGGAGAAACAGGUAAUCCUCGUUCUCCUCUUAUUUAAAGUGGCAAAUAAAAUAUUUUAUGAUGGGUUCUUACUGUGAAUAUAUGGAACUAUAUUGCGCUGAUCAUUAAUGUCUCUGAAGAUCGUCUGAAUUUUUUUUAGGUGAAGAAAAUCAAGGAAUUGGAGCAACAAUUAGAGGAUUUGAAUAAAUCAAAACUCGAAGGCGAGGUACUGUAAAUACUAAGCUCUCUAGAGUCUUUAAAGUUAAGAUGGUCAACAGAAAUAAUCUGAGGAAAUGUUUUCGUCCUUGCAGAAAGCCAAGAAUAAACAGAUCAUGGAUAAAGACGCAGAGAUUAAUAUUUUGAAGGAACAAUUGCUGGAAAAGGUCAUUAACACCUAAGUUUUUAAACGAUUUUUAGGGGAUUGUCCACCGUAUUUACCUGGUAUUCUCAAGUUAAACAUGGACAUUCAUAGUAGAGAAAGUAGGCAUGACUCAAACAAUUUGGUCUGCGCACACUUUUCUCGAGAAAGGGACAUUGAACAUUUUAAAUUUAGUAUAUAGUUAAUCAACUUUCUGCAGAUACUUAAUAUUCAUGUACAUAGAUAUUGUAACUUUUAUAUAUAGUAUAGAUUUAUUGUAACUUAUCUUAGAUUUUAGGAGGGCCACAGACUUGUCAGUGCUAAACUGUUAUGUGUCACCCUCUGUAAAUAAAGUUGAUUAUUAUUAUUAUAAUACAUCCUCUAGCAUGCAUCGACCAUCCACAUGUAUCUUCUUCUCUAUACCUCUUUAUUCCUUCCUACCUUUCUUCCUCCUGUCCUUCCCUUCCUUUCCUUUUUCUUUUUUUCACCAUUCCUCAACCUUCCCCAAUCUCUCCCUCCCAAAACCUCAACCAAAACUCCUUUAUUUUUAACAGGAAGAAGAAACAUCAGAAAAUGUUGAGAUGCAGAGAGUAGCCGAGACUCCCUCACGUGCGGAACACAUCGUACCUUGCACCCCCAAAACACCUCGUAGUAUUCUCAAGCAGUCUGCACAACCAUCGAAAAAACGUAGAGUGGCAUUUAGUUAUGAGAAAUCGAAAUCAUACUCAUCCGAUGAAGAUGAUAAAGCUUAUAAGGUAAAGCAAAAGUAACAUCGAUAAUCUGAUACCGGUAGCAUCGCAUGUUCUUCUAUGGAAGCACUGGAACAACAAGGAAUGAUCUUUAUUGGACCCCCAGGAGGAAAAUUUUAGAACUGAUAGCCAUUCAGUAUAAAUAAAGUUAGUUUAGUUUAGGUUUCUUCCUGUAGUAACACUGUAUCAAUAAGAGAUGAUCCUUACUGGACCUCUAGGAAGAACAUUUUAAAGUUGAUAGAGCCAUCCAGUAUAAAUAAAGUUAGUUUAGGUUUCUUCCUGUAGUAACACUGGAUCAAUAAGAGAUGAUCCUUACUGGACCUCUAGGAAGAACAUUUUAGUACUGAUAGAGCUAUCCAGUAUAAAUAAAGUUAGUUUAGUUUAGGUUUCUUCCUGUAGUAACACUGGAUCAAUAAGAGAUGAUCCUUACUGGACCUCUAGGAAGAACAGUUUAGAACUGAUAGAGCCAUCCAGUAUAAAUAAAAUUAGUUUAGUUUAGGUUUCCUGCUGUAGUAACACUUGAUCAAUAACAAAUGAUCCUUGCUGGACCUCUAGGAAGAACAUUUUAGUAUUGAUAGAGCUAUCCAGUACAAAUAAAAUUAUUUAGCAUUUAGUAGUUAUCAUCUCAUCUAAAAUGAUUUUUAUAUUCAAAUAAGAUCUUCAAGCCAAGCGAAAAGAAGACAGUACCACGCAAAGGUACCAGUCCAGCUAUUCCAACUAAAGCAGUGAGACCAAACGUUCGACAUUCUCCUGCACCGAGCCAAGCAUCUGCGCUAGCUAGGAAAUCGAAUCAGUCUCCUUUCAACAGAUCUACUAAAAAGGUAAGUAAAAUACUAACGCAGUAAUUUUAGAAUUAGAAUGCGGGGAUUUGCAAUUGAUAUGCUAUUUCACUAUAUUCUCAGAACUCGCCUGAAGAAGCGACUCCAGAUGAUGAGCUAAAACAGUUCAACGAACUAUUUCCAGCCAUUAAUUAUCAGCCAGAGGUAAAAUGUGCUAGUGUUAAAUAUUGCUUUAAUUUUUAAGUGGACAUUCAAGCAAACCCCGAAGACAACAAACAAAACUACCAAGAUGAUUUAUGGCAAAGCUUUCCAUCCGUAAACUCAAAUCUUCGCUGCAAAUAUAACAAUAAUAUAAUACAUUUGGUUUUAUUUUUGUUUACAGAAAAAAAGCGUAGCAGGUAAAGGCAAAAAGGCGUCUUUCAGGGGUAAGAAAACACAAAUUUCACCAAGGAAAAAACAGCCCGACGUCGAUUGGUUUGAUAACGACGCUUUCUUUGGAUUUGACGGUUAG